CCAAUUUUUAACUUUUUUUGGGAAGAAAAUUUUCUUUCAGAUGCAUAAAGAUGAAGGAACCGUUUUCACUAUAGAAGGAGAGACAAAUUUUUUUUUGGGGUUAGUUCUGUAUUUUGAAUGAUGAUGUAGCAGUAAAUCAAAAAAUGAACAUGAGACACACUGGUCGAUCUUUUGUCGUUAAAGUGAUGGCAUGAAAGAGUUCAAUUUUUAAGCCUUUUUAUUGGCUGAUGUGGAAAAGAGACCAACGAAUGUGCUGUUGAGGGAAAAAAUAGGAAAAAAAUGACGUGAAGAUGAUGGGAGAUGGAUGUAUUAAUAAUAAGGAAGAAACCUGCUCUUAUUGAACAAAUUGCCUACAUAUUGCUAUAAGUGUGAAGUUCUACCCCACAUUCGUUUCCAUCCCCGGUUUCUCUUUUUCUUUUUCUUUACUUUCUUACAUUACUUCAACACCCACAUUUAACAGAAACAUAAAAAAAUGCUCAUGAAAACAACACUCGCUACCUUCUCAAAGACCUGCCGUCAACCUACUACAGCGACAAAGGCUUUUGUAGUCACAAAUACACCAAAACGAUACAUGUCAGCUUAUUCUCAUAUGUCAGACAAUGACCCUGAAGUGCUCGAAAAGGAAAAGCAAAAGAAUUUGAGUAAAAAGGAAAAGAAGGAAUGGAAUGAAAAGUUGGCUUCUCAUAGUGAGGCUGUUGUUAAAGCUGAUAAAGCAGAAGACAAGCCGAUAAAAGAUUUGCAACAAGAAAGCAUUCGCCAUCUUGAACAAAGUGCAAAGGAAGAAUAAAACAAACGUUCAUGUGUACCCUUUUUCUUUGAAAUAAAAAAUGUGUAUAUACUUUAUCAACGUCACUGCGCCAUAAAUGCUACGAGUUGCACAAUGGUAAAUGCUAGACUUGUCAAAGGGAUG